AGGCCCAGUCCAUAAAUAUACAAAACAAAGGCGUCUUCUUGUUUUCGGCGGCAAACAGUCACCUUUGUGCAGAGUUAAUGGGAGAAGACGCAGCGGAGCAGCCUCGCCCUAGUCCGGAGACCGCCGCCGACGGAGUCGGAGAAGCAACCUCGGAUGGCGUGAACUCUUGGCCGGUGGUCCAUUACGGUGUCGCUCCAUACAGAACCUACCAUUUCUUUCAGCAGUUCAGGACCACCUCUUCGAACCCUAACAACUUUCUCAAAGGCGUUAAAUGGUCGCCAGAUGGUUCUUGCUUCUUGACUUGUUCUGAUGAUAAUUCCCUACGAAUUUUCAGUUUGCCUUAUGAUUCGGAUGGGAGCUCUAUAAAUGAUUCACAGUCUGUGCCAGAUUCUGACUCAUAUGGGGCAAACCUCGUUGUGAGUGAAGGAGAAUCUGUAUACGACUAUUGCUGGUAUCCAUACAUGUCUUCUUCAAACCCAGAUCUAUGUGUAUUCGCUACUUCUACGCGAGACCAUCCUAUUCAUCUUUGGGAUGCUAAUACUGGACAGCUACGCUGCACAUAUCGGGCCUAUGACGCCAUGGAUGAGAUUACUGCUGCCUUUUCAAUUGGCUUCAACCCUAAUGGAAACAAGAUAUUUGCUGGAUACAACAAAACUAUUAGAGUAUUUGAGGUUCAUCGCCCAGGGAGAGAUUUUCAGCAAUACUCGACUCUUUUAGGAAAUAAAGAAGGGCAAUCAGGUAUUAUAUCUUCAAUUGCUUUUUCUCCCACUUGUUCUGGAAUGCUUGCUGCGGGUUCCUACAGCCAAACUACUGCUAUAUACAGAGAAGAUAAUAUGGAACUACUGUAUGUGUUGCAUGGCCAAGAAGGUGGUGUCACACAAGUUCAGUUUUCUAAAGAUGGAAACUAUUUGUAUACUGGGGGCCGUAAGGAUCCUUAUGUGCUAUGCUGGGAUAUACGCAAAACUGUUGAUAUUGUCUACAAACUUUACCGAUCAUCUGAAGGCACCAAUCAGAGGAUACAAUUUGAUAUUGAGCCUCUUGGUCGAUAUCUUGGAACUGGUGGUCAGGAUGGUCUGGUGCAUAUUUAUGAUCUCCAGACAGGGCAGUGGGUAUCAAGCUUUCGAGCUGCAUUAGACACCAUAAAUGGCUUAGCUUUCCACCCCUUUCUUCCAAUGGCGGCCACUUCGUCAGGGCACCGGCGAUAUGGAGGUCUGGAUGACUCUGAAGCGUAUAACGGUUUGAGUGGUGAUGAGAAUUGUGUGUCUGUGUGGAGCUUUUUUUCUUCAACGGGGGAUGAUGCAGCUAGCGCUGACACUAGAUGUUGAUUCGACAUUCUACCAUGUCAUGCUCUCCUGGAGACCUUGACUUGUUUGUUAGCUUUUAGCAUGGGUCAUGUGUAUGUCAUAGCUUUCCAAUAUUUAUGAGCCAAAAUUUGAUGAAGAAAAACUUUGCUUUGCAAAGUUUACUGUAUUACUACAGAUAUAUAAUGCUCUAGCUAAUUUGCUAUUGCAGUUGCAAGUUUCUUCUUGUUCUUUCA